CAGCGCGAGGCGGGCGGUCACCUGACGCCGCCGCCGCCGCGGCCGCCGCCAUUUUGUCUGGGAGCGUAAAUGUGAAAGGGAAAGCUGGGGCGCAGCCCGCGGAGGGAGGGAGCUGAGCCGGGUGGAGAGGGGCCGCCGUCGCGCCGCAGGGCACCGGGAAGAGCCCUCCCCGCUGCCACCGGCCUCGCCGCUCGAGGGGAGCCGGUGAGGCGGAGCCCGGCGAGGACUCCCCGGUCGCCCUCGCCGGCGUCGCAUCGGAGGGGGCUGCCGGCGCCCUUCCCCUGAGGAGGCAGCUUUCGCCACCCCGGCGAAAGCUCGCCACCCCCGGCCACCCCGCCACCGAGCCGCUGCCCCGGCCUUGUUACUGCCCGCCGCGGCGGGUCCGCGGGGGGAGCCGCCGCCGCCGGCGGCAGGGCCGCGCCGAGGAUGUCGGGGCAGUCGAUCACCGACCGCAUCACGGCGGCGCAGCACAGUGUCACCGGCUCGGCCGUCGCCAAGGCCGUCUGCAAGGCGACGACCCACGAGGUGAUGGGCCCCAAGAAGAAGCACCUGGACUAUCUAAUACAGUGCACAAAUGAAAUGAAUGUGAAUAUUCCACAGUUGGCAGACACACUCUUUGAGAGAACUGCAAACAGUAGCUGGGUUGUAGUGUUCAAAGCUCUAAUUACAACACACCACCUCAUGAUGUAUGGAAACGAGCGCUUUAUCCAGUAUCUUGCAUCCCGAAACACUUUGUUCAAUUUAAAUAACUACCUGGACAAAAGUGCCAUGCAGGGCUAUGAUAUGUCUACCUUCAUUAGGCGAUAUAGCAGAUACUUGAAUGAAAAAGCACUUUCGUAUAGACUUGUAGCAGUUGACUUCACCAAAAUGAAAAGAGGGCUAGAUGGAGUGAUGAGAACCAUGAAUGCUGAAAAGCUUCUGAAAACCCUUCCAAUCAUACAGAACCAGCUUGAUGCACUCCUUGAUUUCGAUGCAAAUCCAAAUGAACUAACAAAUGGUGUUAUAAAUGCUGCCUUUAUGCUCCUCUUUAAAGAUUCCAUUAGACUUUUUGCAGCAUACAAUGAGGGGAUUAUUAAUCUUUUAGAAAGGUACUUUGAUAUGAAGAAGAACCAGUGCAAAGAAGGCUUGGAUAUUUACAAAAAAUUUCUAGCCAGAAUGACCAAAUUGUCAGAAUUCCUCAAAGUAGCAGAGCAAGUUGGAAUUGAUCAGGGUGACAUUCCAGAUCUUACUCAGGCACCUAGCAGCUUGCUUGAAGCACUGGAACAGCAUUUGGCUUCUGUGGAGGGAAAGAAAACAAAAGAAGUCUCCGCUGCCAGCAGAGCUAGUGCCCUAUCCAGUGCUGUUUCCACACUUGCCAAUACAGGAAUGUCAUUUAGCAGGAUGGAUGAGAAAGAAAAGCAGCAGGCAUUGGAGGAAGAACAAGCUAGACUGCAGGCACUUAAGGAGCAGCGAUUAAGAGAGAUUUCUGUAGUAUCAAAUUCUACUUCCACAUCAGCAUCCCCAAGCACCUUAUCAGGAAAAAGUGUGAAUACCACCGUAGCUGUUGACCUCUUUGCGGUACCAGCACCCACAACAAAUAGCAUGCCCAACCUUUCUAGUGAUCUUUUUGAUCUUCAGCCUGCAUUUGUUCCAACUGUGCAGAGUACUCCAGCUAUAUCAACAUCGGCAAGCAGCGCUUGGGGAGGUCCUUUCUCGUCCUCAAAUGGUUGUGUUGGUUCACCACCUCAUCUGGACAUCUUUGACAUGAAGCCAGUUGAAGAAGCUGUAAAAUCUGCCACCCCUUUCAUCAAUUCUGCUUUUUCCUCCAAACAAACAGUGGAACUGUUUAGUGAUGACUUUAGUGCUCAUAAACCUACAUAUGCUUCUGUGUAUCAUCCUCUGACUGUUGAUGGUUUUCCUCUUCAUUCAGCUCCUCCAAGUACCACCUCUUCAGCAAUUAAUGUGGACUUUGAUGCUGUUUUUGGAGGAAAAUCUACAGCACCAGAGUACAGGACUGCAAGUGCUUUUAACUUUCUAGAUGAUGUAUUGCAACCCACAGUACCGCCACAAAGUCAAAGAGCCACUUUAGCCAACCAACAAAGCGGAAAAAUUUUGGCAAAUGACCUCGAUUCUUCACUUGCUAAUCUAGUGGGAAAUCUUGGCUUUGGAGGAACUCCAUCCAAAAAAUCAGAUAUGCAGUGGACCCAGCCUACAGAGAAAAAACUCACUGGUGGAACAAACUGGCAAGCAAAAACAAGCACAUCGACCACGUGGAACCCUACUCCCUUACCCACUAUUCCACAUAUGAAUGGAGUACACUAUCCUGGAUAUGUACCUGCUCCUAUCACGUACCCAUUGACCACACCUCAAGUGCCUGUAUAUGGAAUGGUACCUCCUCAGAUUGGAGCUGCUCCUUUGAUGGCACCCCAGUCAAUGAUGUAUAUGCAGCCUGGUCUAAGGCCAACAAAUCCUUUUGCACCUGUUUCUGAAACUCAGAUACAGUUUAUGUAGAGCCACCAAAGCAGCAAGAUGUGAGAACAACCAAAUACUGGUAAAAAGAAAAAAGAAAAAACUGAAUUUCAAUCUUUCCAUGAUGUAUUCCUGAACAGGGCAACUGUUUCUUCCCUGUAUAAUACAAUAUUAUUUUGAAUUGCAAUGCUUUACAGAUUCUUGUUUAUAACAGUCACCGCAAUGUGAAAUCAUGUUUGUUCACUGACUUUUUUUUUUUAAACUGCUCAGCAGAAAAAUAUUUUAUCGAGGUUGACUCAGAAGGUGCAAGCUGGAUUAUCAUCUUCAAAGCUGAGAAGAGGGGCUACGCGGUUGCUCUACAACCUUACUCAUCAGUGAAUUACCUUAGAAGGUUAACUGAGGAUGUCAAAGCUAUUUAUUUUCUCCAUAAAUUCUGUGGCUGUUGUAACCAAGACACAACACAAAUGAAGUUGAGCAAUAAAUUUUUUAUGUGCUCUAAUAAAUACUCUUGAUAGAGCAGUGCUUGCAUUAUCAUAAGGCCAAUAUCGUGUGAAAUCAAGACAGCUUUUUCACAUUAGAAUAGCUUAUAGUAAUUUGCAAACUUUAUAAUGUGAGUUUGAAAUGCUGUGAAUCAACAAGAUAUUUACAUAUUACAUAUAUAGAGAGUAAAAAUAAUAAAUUGCUCCAUUGGUAUAUCAGUGUUACGUGGCUAGUUAAAAGAGCCGGGCUCUGAUAUGGGCUGAAAGUCUGUGAUGGAGUAGGGGAAUCAAGCAUGUUACAGAACAGCACGUGCAGCCUCCGAUGGGUGACAGUAGCUGCACUUCCAUCGAGUAUCUUCUCUGCAGAUAGCAUCUCUCUCAGCUCGAGGAGGAGUAGCUUUGGGAGCCAGUGAAUGUGGGUAUCCCCAGUAGCAGCAGAUCGGAGCAAUUUGAAAAUGUUGUUGCUAACUGCGAAAGACGCAAGAGAUACAAUUUCUUUUAAAAGCCCAUUAGGUCAAAAGAAGCAAACCUUGCGGUAGUGCUGACACUCGACAACCCGCAACUAUACUGAAAUUACCCAGCUGUAGAGAAUAGCUUGUGCUGCUUUUCUGAAAUAAGAACCUAGUUGUAAACCAUAUAAAAGUAAUUUUUAAAUGUGUAAAUAUGUGCAAACUUUUAGAUAAUCCUUUCUUCAAUGCUGCAGUAAUCUUUUUCUUCUGUAGUAAUUUCAAGGUAAAAAUCCUAUGUUAAGAAAUCCGGACUCUUUGAGAGGAAAAUCUUUUCAUUCAACUAAUUUAUGAAGUAUGCUAAUCAUGAUGGGUCAGAUGUGUACAGACUUCUGGUGCAUCUUUUGUAUUUAACAAUCUUCCUCCAAAACUGAAAUUGGCUAUGAAAAUGCCUUAUCUUGUAUUUUUCAAUGUCUGAUUAAAAAGUGAUAGCAUUAAAAAAAAAAAAAAUAGUUAACAAGUAAAUGGAAUUGGCAGCAACCUUUCUUCCAGAAGUUUUGUGGCAGAAUACAAUGAAAAGCUCUCCUGUAAGAUGACUUCUACUAAUGAUUAAUAUUAAAGCUGAGUUUUCAAAAAAGGCAUAGUUACAAUAAAUAGACCUCCAGAGAGUAGCAUGUCUGUUAUCAUUUGGGGAGUCUAUAAUUGCAGAACUGUCUCUGACUCUCACUAUAAAUCCAAACAGGCCUGAGACUCUUGUCAAGCUGUCCUGCAGAGAACUUCUAAAAUACAGCACUUUCCUUCAUAGUGGGAACAAGCCUUCUCUUUUUCUAAAUGCUUAAUUCUGUCCAAAGAGUGCAAAAGUAGUAUUUCUUAACCCUAUGGAAAUAUUUUUGUCAAGUGAAACAACUCAACUCAAAAGAAAAAAAAACACACCUUAGCCCUUGGAAUCUGUAACCACUGACUUCCUGGGAAGUUCCUUCCUUGCAGAAAUUAAAAACUCAGAGUUUCUGAAUGUGUAUUGAUUUUUUUUAAAAGAAUUUGGACUGAUAUAUAGCAAUCUAACGUUCAAGUUUGAAUUACAAAGGGCUUCAAGCUUUAAUCCACCUUUAUUGGGUUGAACAAUUGUAUAAUUUUAAGCCAAUGAGUUCUUCAGUGCCUAUGGUUGCCCUCCACCUGACGAGGGAAUAGAUGCCACUUAGAAUGGGUCAUUGUGUUGAGGGGACUGUUUAUUUAAGAAAUAGUGAUUUCCAUUGGUUUAUUCAGCAUUGAAAAGUCUUGAGUUCAAAUUAGACCAGUACAUGGAGUAAUAAAUGUCUGGGCAUUAAUGACAGAGCUGAGUGCUACAAUCAGGCAGUUUCUAGCACUGUCAGCUGUUGGGUCUCUUUCUCAUACUGAGUUGUAUAAGUAACAAUCCGUCAUUUUAAUAAAAUAUGCAAACAAACGCCUGACAAGCAGUAUAUAUUUGUUAUAACUUUAUUGCAGAGCAUUCUGAAUCUCUGGAAUGUACUUUGCUUAGAAAUGGAUUUAGUACUAGGUAUAGUUUGCACUACUUCUGAUUUUCUCUGGAUUUUUUUAAUGGUUCUUUGGUAUGCUUGCUUGCAGCAAAGCUGUCUGAUACCCAUUUAUUAGUGUCAAAACAGAGAAACAGCCACAAAGUACAUCCUAAAAACUUUAUAAGCUACCUUUUUUUUUUUAGUCUCAUUCAGAAUGUUUGAUACAUUAAAACAUAGCUUUCAGGUUUAUCCUUAUGAAGAAAAGGUUGCUUUCUCUCUGCACAAAAGUGCACAGGACUCCUUUUUGCCAAGCUCUUCCCUGUGCACAUAUUGGAAUGCAUAAAAUGGCAGAGUACUGUGUUUUAAAUAGCAUAGUUCAUACAUUAGAAGUAAAAAAACAGGGACGUAGGAUGCUGUUGAGGCUUUUGUGGCUCAGAAUCUGUUCUCCAGAAAAACACUUUGAAGACAAAAGUUGUUUUGAGGGUAACUGUAAUAGCCCACAGAGUUGGAGAUAGUGGUGGUUGUGAGUAAAACACUGAAGAGAGAUGUAUAUAAAUGUGACUUUCCCUUUUGUUUCCUUCCAACUCGUUCAGUCCUGUUCUGAAUACUUCAGAACGCAGAUAGCUGAGAUGUCACUCCAUGUUUGUCUGAACAAGGAAGAAGACUUGGAAGUAUGGUGUGUGCUAUGCAUUAUUGUCCUUUAGUGGGUCAUUCAAGCCUGACUGGCGGGACUUCAUGCUGCUACAGGGAGGCUGUUUUUCAUGGGAUAUACCCUAAGAUAACUUCUGGGAGAAUUUGGAAAGGUUGCUUGUGUUAGGCCUGUUGGACUUGAAAGUGUACCUCUUUUUAAAUAACUGGGGUUUUCUAAUGUUCUCUAGAUAUAGUUUGACUUUGCCUCCAAGAAGUUAUUGAUUUACUAUUUUUUUUUAAUUUUGGACAUGUACUAGAGAAACUUCAGUUCUGUGCACAUAGUGGUGGAAUACUUGUAGGUAUAAAUAACAAAUGGAUUUUUUUUAACAAAACACACACACAAAAAAACCCCCAACAACAAAAAAAAAACACCUGAGGAAAAAAUUGAAUACAGGGUCUAUCCCCAUGUGGGUUUUUUGAUGUGUGGCAGGGAGGGUGGGGUUACAAUUAGAAUAGUGUGCACUGUGGAUCGGUGCUUAAUUUGUACAUAAAAAGGAGAACUUUGUUUUGGGUAGUUUGUAUUGUAAGGACAACAUCUAAAGGCACUGUGUAUCAGUCAUUUAUUUCCAUUUAAAAGAUUAUAUUUUUGAGCAAUGGAAAAUGUACAUGUUAUGAUUUAUACAUUACUGAUAGCUAGGAAUAUAGAAAACCUGUUGCUAUUACUCUGAAGAUGUAUCUGACUUGUCAUUGAUAUAACAUCACCGUGUCACUACUUUCUGCAGAGUCUCAUGAUCAUUUAUUUAAAGAGAUUGUAGUAACUGGUAGAGUUACAACAGGAAUUGUAACAUCAGAUCUUUCAGUUAUAUCUCAAACAUGUAAUCCUUGUGAUUAAGUUUAAUCCUUUACCAAAUGUUUGGCUGGAAUUUCAUCUUGGAGCAAUGACAAAAUAGGUGCUGGAACAGAUUUCUCUCACCCCAACCCACACUUUAUUUAUUUAAUAGCUCUCGUUUUGUAUGUUGUGUUUUUCCCCAUAACAGGUUUGUGCCUUUUAUUGGAUAUUUAUUUAAAAGGAGCUACUAUAAUUUAGGUUGUUCAGGCUUUUUUUUUUUUUUAGAUAUAUUCUUGUACAGCUGUUCCUUUACAUGAGUUCCUUCAUUUUAUAAGAAUACAGAAUGUGUGGAAAAUAUACUAGCCACAAACUGGAAAAAAAUUUUGAGGGUUUAUGUUCUACGAAUUAAUAAUUUUUUAAAAAGAAGCCUAAGCACAAGACUGGCUGUGUUGAUAUUUUAAUUGUGGAACUUCACAAUUUGUUAAUACACAAACUGUUUGUUUUUUAAAAACUGCUCAUAUCCAAUUAUUUGAUGAAACAAGUUUUGGAAAAAAAUAAUAAUAAACUUUGGCAGAUGCAA